AUGCAGAAGGGGAUGAGACUCAAUGAUGGCCAUAUCACCUAUCUGGCUCUUUUGGCGAAGAAGGAUGGGACGAGGCGAGGUUGCUUGAGUAAGAAGAGCUCAGACAACACAAAAUGGCAUUCAAAGUGGUUCGCUUUGUUGCAGAAUAUGCUGUUUUAUUUCGAAAACGACUCCAGCUCACGCCCCUCCGGACUGUACCUGUUGGAGGGAUCUGUUUGUGACAGGGCGCCGUCACCCAAACCGUCUCUGUCCGCGAAGGAAUGCUUAGAGAAGCAGUAUUACUUCACCGUCACAUUCAAUCAUGACAACCAGAAGGCUUUGGAGCUGCGCACAGAGGACGUCAAGGACUGCGAUGAGUGGGUGGCUGCCAUCACACAGGCCAGUUACAGGAACCUGGCUACAGAGCAUGAGACCCUCAUGCAGAAGUAUCUUCAUCUACUCCAAAUAGUGGAGACGGAGAAAACGGUUGCCAAGCAACUUCGACAACAGAUAGAGGAUGGGGAAAUCGAGAUAGAGCGGCUAAAAUCAGAGAUCGCUGGACUGCUGAAGGACAAUGAGAAGAUCCAGUCAAAUCCAGAGGUGCCACCCAGUGAGGAUGAUACAGAGAUCAAAAAGAUCAAAAAGGUCCAGAGUUUCCUGAGAGGCUGGAUUUGCCGCAGGAAGUGGAAAACCAUCAUCCAGGACUACAUCCGCUCACCCCACGCUGAGAGCAUGAGGAAGAGGAACCAGGUGGUAUUCAGCAUGCUGGAGGCCGAGGCCGAAUACGUCCAGCAGCUCCACAUCCUGGUCAACAACUUCCUGCGGCCGCUCCGCAUGGCCGCCAGCUCUAAGAAGCCCCCCAUCACCCACGACGACGUCAGCAGCAUCUUCCUCAACAGUGAGACCAUCAUGUUCCUCCACCAGAUCUUCUACCAGGGCCUGAAGGCCAGGAUAGCCAGCUGGCCGACACUGGUGCUCGCUGACCUGUUUGACAUCUUGCUGCCCAUGUUGAACAUCUACCAAGAGUUUGUGAGGAACCACCAGUACAGCCUGCAGAUCCUGGCCCACUGCAAGCAGAACCGAGACUUUGACAAGCUGCUGAAGCAGUACGAGGCCAAGCCCGACUGUGAGGAGAGGACGCUGGAGACGUUCCUCACUUACCCCAUGUUUCAGAUCCCUCGUUACAUCCUGACAUUGCAUGAGUUGCUGGCUCACACUCCCCAUGAGCACGUGGAGAGAAACAGUUUGGACUACGCCAAGUCAAAACUGGAGGAGCUUUCCAGAAUCAUGCAUGACGAGGUUAGCGAGACGGAGAACAUCCGGAAGAACCUGGCCAUCGAGCGGAUGAUCGUAGAAGGCUGUGAGGUGCUGCUUGACACCAGCCAGACAUUCGUUAGACAAGGUUCUCUAAUCCAGGUGCCAAUGAGUGAGAAAGGGAAGAUCACGAGAGGCCGACUGGGUUCGUUGUCUCUGAAGAAGGAAGGCGAGAGACAGUGUUUCCUCUUUUCCAAGCAUCUCAUCAUCUGUACCAGAGGCUCUGGAGGAAAACUACACAUCACUAAGAACGGAGUGGUGUCUCUCAUAGACUGCACUCUGAUGGAGGAGCCGGAGGGCACAGAUGAUGAGUCCAAAGGGGAGCGGAGCGGCCAGGACACGGAGCACCUGGACUUUAAAGUGAUGGUGGAGCCCAAAGACAGCCAGCCUUACACCGUUAUCCUGGUGGCAUCAUCCCGACAGGAGAAGUCGGCAUGGACAAGUGACAUCAGCCAGUGCAUCGACAACAUCCGCUGUAACGGCCUGAUGAUGAAUGCCUUCGAGGAGAACAGUAAAGUCACCGUGCCACAGAUGAUUAAGUCGGACACCAGCUUGUACUGUGACGAUGUCGACAUUCGCUUCAGCAAGAUGAUGAACUCCUGCAAGGUGCUGCAGAUCCGCUACGCCAGCGUGGAGCGCUUGUUGGAGAGGCUGACCGACCUGCGCUUCCUCUCCAUCGACUUCCUGAACACCUUCCUCCACUCUUACCGCGUCUUCACCAGCGCCGACGUGGUGCUGGACAAGCUCAUCACCAUCUACAAGAAGCCCAUCAGUGCCAUCCCUGCACGCUCUUUGGAGCUUUUCUUCGCCAGCAGCCAGAACAACAAACUCCUCUACGGCGAGCCACCCACGUCGCCACGUGCCAGCCGCAAGUUCUCCUCCCCUCCUCCCCUCUCCAUCACCAAGACGUCCUCUCCCAACCGCCGUCGCAAACUUUCGCUCAACAUCCCCAUCAUCACAGGGGGCAAGGCCCUGGACCUGGCCGCACUCAGCUGUUCUCCCAAUGGCUAUGCAAGCAUGCACUCCACCAUGUCACCCUUCAGUAAGACCACCCUUGACAUCAACAAGCUCUACGUGUCGAGCACCAUGGCCAGCAAAAUCUCUGAUGAGGGAGAUUCCAAAACCGAAGGCAAGACCGACGAGUCUGUCCUCAACAAGCAAGAUCUGUCUGUAAGAGAAGAGUGCGAUGAAGACCCAAGUCAGAGCGACGACGCCGAAGCAGAAAUGUCUCCUCCCAAGUCGCCGUCAACACCCAAGAACGUCAAGUCAAAAAACUCUGAGUUCUCUCUGUUUUCCUUCAACAAUGGCAUGGUGGUGUCAUCCUGCCGGGAGCUGGACAACAACCGCAGUGCCCUUUCUGCCGCCUCAGCCUUCGCCAUUGCAACCGCCGGUGCCAAUGAAGGCACCCCAACCAAGGAGAAGUACCGGCGUAUGUCUCUCGCCAGCACAGGUUUCCCCACAGACCAGAGAAAUGGGGACAAAGAGUUUGUCAUCAGAAGAGCUGCCACGAACAGAGUUCUGAAUGUACUGCGUCACUGGGUCUCCAAACACUCCCAGGACUUUGAGCUGAACACAGAGCUGAAGAUUCGGGUAAUUGGCUUCCUGGAGGAGGUGAUGCAUGACCCAGAGCUCCUGACACAGGAAAGAAAGGCAGCUGCUAACAUUAUCAGGACUCUCACCCAGGAGGAUCCUGGAGACAACCAGGUCACCCUCGAAGAGAUCACACAGAUGGCGAUGGAGGACUGCAAGACUGAACCGUUUGAGAGCCAUUCGGCCUUGGAAAUAGCUGAGCAGCUCACACUGCUGGACCACCUGGUCUUCAAAGUCAUCCCCUAUGAGGAAUUCUUUGGUCAAGGUUGGAUGAAGAACGACAAGAAUGAGAGAACUCCAUACAUAAUGAAAACAACCAAGCAUUUCAAUGAUAUCAGUAACAGGAUUGCCACAGAGAUCCUGCAAUGGGACGAUGUCAACAUGCGGGGGGCGGUGAUCGAGAAAUGGGUGGCGGUGGCUGACAUCUGUCGCUGCCUCCACAACUACAACGCCGUGCUGGAGAUCACAUCCUCUCUCAACCGCAGCUCCGUUUUCCGCCUCAAGAAGACCUGGCUCAAAGUCUCCAAGCAGACAAAGACUGUGAUCGACAAGUUACAGAAGUUGGUGUCGUCAGAGGGCCGAUUCAAAAACCUGAGAGAGGCUCUAAAGAACUGUGACCCUCCCUGCGUUCCCUACCUGGGCAUGUACCUGACUGACCUGGCCUUCAUUGAGGAGGGAACACCCAACUACACAGAGGACAACCUGGUCAACUUCUCCAAGAUGAGAAUGAUAUCUCACAUUAUCAGAGAGAUACGGCAAUUUCAGCAAACAGCUUACAAGAUUGACUACCAACCAAAGGUGGCAAAGUAUUUGCUCGACGGCAGCACGGUGCUGGAUGAGGAGAGCCUGUACGAUGCGUCUCUCAGAAUCGAGCCCAAAACUUCAUCAUGA